AUAGGCUGGUUUUAAAUGCGUGCGUAAAGUUUUUUUUUAUGAAAAAAAUAAUUAAAAUAUAAUAAAAGCCAAAUGAUUUGAAAUUCGUGUGAUUCUGUAAACGCUGUAAAAUCGUGUAAAUGCACAUCACGCUGCACAUCAGUUCUUCCUUGAUUUGUUAGGAGGAAGCGGAUACCAUUUGCAGACCAGAAGUGAAGACCUGUUAACCACUUUGAUGACAACACUGUAGUCGGUUUCUAACUGCACGUUUGAACCCUGUGGGAAUAUUCGACAGCAACCGAGACACUCAGUAAAAGAUGACCAGUUUGUGUAAAAUGUCAUUUCUGGAAAAAGCCACUGCUUUUGGCCUUACGUUCUCGAUUCUGGCAUUAUGUUUUUAUUUCCAACCGCCCAGUACUUUUUGUCCACCUGUGACUCCAUUGUCCACCUUGAAUGAAAGCACAGAUUCUACAAACAAACCCAUAGUUCUGCUCUGGUUCUGGCCACUUGGAGUAAAGUUUGAUUUCAAGAAGUGUUUAACCCACUUCAACAUCGACAGCUGCGUGCUGACUGAUGAUAGGUCCUUGUACAGCAAAUCAGAGGGAGUGAUUAUCUUCCACAAAGAUAUUGCCUGGAAUUUAAACAAUAUGCCUAAGGAUCCUCGUCCACAUUUUCAGAAGUGGAUUUGGUUCCAUGUAGAAUCUCCUACAAACACAGCCAGGAUACCAGGUGUGGAAAACCUGUUUAACUUAACGCUGAGUUACAGACGAGACGCUGACAUUGUUGUGAGGAAUGAGGUGACAAUUAGGGACGAGGAGAUGAAGGAGGAAUAUGUUUUAGCCAAGAAAGACACACUGGUGUGUUGGGUUGUUAGCAACACCAUCCCGUCAACGGGAACAUCUGUGAGAGAAAAAUAUUAUCGUGAACUGAUCAAACACAUAGACAUUACUGUGUACGGACAAGCAUUUGGAGGCAAAGCGUUGCCUUUUGAAGACUAUUACUCAACGCUUUCUAGGUGCAAGUUUUACCUGGCAUUUGAAAACUCUCUUCACAGAGAUUACUUGACGGAAAAGGUAAACGGUCCCCUCGUCGCCGGGUCAGUGCCUGUGGUUAUGGGUCCGCCGAGAGAAAACUAUGAGCAGUUAAUUCCCAGUGGCUCCUUCAUUCAUGUCAAUGAUUUCCCUGAUGCAAAAUCACUGGCAGAUUUUCUGAAGCAGCUGGACAAAGAUGAUGAGGCCUACGCAACCUACUUUGAGUGGAGAAGAAACUACAAAGUCGUUCCUCAUCUUUUGUCAAUUUGGAAUGAAUUUAUCCAACCCAUCUGCCUCGCCUGUGAACACAUUUCCAAAGUUAAAGAAUACCACGUGACUAAUGACUUGUAUGACUGGUACUUUAAAUAAAUAUUUUAAAUAAACACAACCUUAAAAUGUACUUUUGCUCAGGGACCCAAAAUCUAAUUGGUGCUUUUUGUAUGACAUCAUGUUUUCAUUCAAUCAUUGUCAAUACAGUGGUGUUACGUUCCAAGACCACCCACCGAAAAAGAUGAUUAUGUGCAGAUUGAUAAUUAAAAAAAAAAACUGUACGAAAGAAGUUGAUACAAUCAGUGGUUUUUAUAGUCGAAAAAAGAAAAGAAGGAAAGACAUUGAAAGACAUUUUCGAUAACAACAAAAAAUCGAUGUAAGACUAUCAAGGAUCUACAACUGGUGUUCUGUUAGGACUUCCAGGCCUUCUUCAACAUUCCACUGAUAAAUCAUCAUCAUCAUCAUCAUCAUCAUCAUCAUCAUCAUCAUCACAGGAAUAUGACCACUGUCUAACAACUGUUUUGUUUUGUAAAUUAAGUUAUAAAAAUGAUUUCACUUGGGUUUUUUUUUCACCUUAAGGGAAAAGUUUACAUUUCACAGAUUUCAUUUUUUUUUAAAUCUGUGACGGGAAAUGUGUUUACAUUACUGUUGUUGCCAAAUCACCGGGUUCAAAGUGAAUGCUUUUUGUGUUUAUUUCUCUCCAAAGCUGUAACAAAUUACAUUGAAUUAAAAAAUAAUAUAUUUUUUUGUCCUGCACAAAAAGUCCCUUUUUAUUUAAAAAAAUUUUUUUUUACUGAUUUAUUUUCUUUAUCAAAAUAAAUAUCUCCCGACUCUACAGACGCACUGAAGGUCCAGGGGUUAAAAUCCCAGAGAAACUACAUUCGUGGUGCCUCCUGUUGCAUGAGACCUGUUUUUAUAACUGUAAUUCUGGUGAUUCAUUAAUUUUCCACUCAGACACAGCAGUGGUCAGCAGGUGUGUACAUGUGCAGAACCUUCACACAGGAACACCCCAAGUACACACAUGUUUUAUUUUAAGAACAGGUUCAAAGUCCACAGAGUUGAAGAGAAGUGCACUGAGAAUUCAGUGCCUUUUGUGAGGAAAAUCUUUGUCCUCAUUAUGGUAGAGUUCCUCACUUCUUUUAUUGUUUCUGACUGAUGACUCGUUAAAGCUUUAAUGCUGUGUUGAUAAAGAUAAUUUACAUGAGAGCCAUUUGACACUGCCACUCCUGCCAGUAAAAUAGG